GGGUGCCAGUGGACAGAGCUCUGGCUGGGCCAAGGGAGAGCAUGAGGGCCCCCCAAGCACUCCUGCUGUGCUCUUCCUUGGCGGUGCUCUUCCAGCCCGGGGCCUGCCAGCCCUACCUCCGCCUCAGGCCCUCCCCUAGUGACAAUCUGCCCAUCAAGGACAUCAUUGAGCAUCCAGACCCGGAGUAUGACCCCAAGGAGCAAGAUCUGGACGACCGGACUUUGCGUAAGAAGUUGGGGAGCAAUUUUGACCCCGCUUUCAUGUCUGUGGCCGCCCCAGCCCAGGUGAACCUCUCCAGCCCCGACCCGCUGCACAGGGUCAAGGCGCCAGGACCAUUGCCCAGCGAGCUGAAAAAGUUGGAGCUGGGGGAGACGCCUUACGGGGCUAGGCUCAAGAUGGGCAAGAAGGCCCGGAGGAAGUUCCUGCAGUGGCUGUGGGCAUACACCUACUGUCCGGUGCUGUACACCUGGAAGGACUUGGGCAUCCGGUUCUGGCCUCGUUACAUCAAGGAAGGGAACUGUUUCUCGGAGAAGUCUUGCUCCUUCCCUGAGGGCAUGUACUGUAAGCCAGUCAAGUCGGUCACCAAAACCUUCUUGAGAUGGUACUGCCAAGGGUGGUCGAGGCAAAAAUAUUGCACCUGGAUUCCCGUACAGUACCCAGUGAUUUCAGAGUGCAAAUGCUCCUGUUAGCUUCCCCGUUUGGGGGUGCUCUGGGUGUGUGUGAUGUCUGUUUAGGUGUGGCUCAGCUCCUGGGGUAACUUCUGCUGGAAACCACUCUGUGCCUUGGAAUGGGGUGGAACGGGCCCCGUUCUUCCAGCUGCACGUGGGGCCCCGUCAAUGAGGCUUAGGAUCCAGCCAGUGUCGGUGGCAGAUACGGCAGGUGACGGUCAUCUUGCAGCCCCAAAGAAUCAGAUCAUCUGGUCAAGAACUGGGUGGUCUCGUGGCACUCCCUACACACAAAAACACGGACGUGCAUUCACAAGAGACGUUGCUGAUUCGUUUCUCUGCCCUCUGGUUCCGCCCCCACCCCCAGCAGCCCCUUGCACUGUGUUUUUUUAAAAAAAUAAUUAUUUUAUUUUAUUUGAAAUGGGGAAAACAAAACCCAAAAAGGAACUGCGGUGCAGGCCGGAGAAAAAGCUAAGCACUACGAGAUGUUUAUUUUUAUACAUAUAUAUCAUUCUAACAAAAAGUUACCAUCUUUGUAAAUAUAGAGAUUUUAAAAGGGGGAAAAAUUUCAGCUGUGUUUUUUAUUUUAAUUGUUAUUAUUAUUAUUGUUAUUAUUAUUAUUUGCUAAUUCAGUGAUGCAGGACCACAUUUUGAAUCCAACUCUUUAGGAAGUGGACAAUUUUUUCCCCAAAGCAACUGGGGAAGAUUUCCUCCCAAUAGAGAUGGUUUAUGAUACCCAGCCUACUCUGAGUCCCUUUAAGAUGUUUUAUUUCUAUUUCCUGUAAUUUUUUUCCCUUUUGAGUAUGUCAGCAAAUCUUCAGACUAAUUUUCAAAGUUCUCUAGGGUUUUUAAAAAAAAUCGUAUAUGGUUUAAGGAAAUUUUUUUAAAAGUAGGGAUUUAUGAAAAGAGUGGUGGAAUUUUUGUUUUGUUUUGUUUUGGAAUACAUAUAGUAAUGUAGAGAUGUUAAAAGACAUUUCUGGUGUACAGUUUAUUUAUUUUUGAUGUUUGUGUAUAGAAGAAGAAAAGCUAGAGAUUAUGCCAGAAAAUAUUGAAAAUGUUUACUUGAAUAUUCCUUCCGCAACAUAUCAGUGUACAUAUCAACCAUGACUGAUCAAAACAUUUUUAGCAAUAAACUCUGUCUUUGAAGAAA